UCCCCCGCUCUCAUUGGGCCGCUGCGGGGGAUUUAAAUUUAAACCGCCGGUGAGGGCAGUGCCAAGUUCCAACCGACUCGCGGUGCGGGCGGCUGUGCCUUCCCGAGCACGCAGACAAUGAUUGCUUUUCAGCAAAAAAUUCUAAACUUGAUCAAGUGUUUCAGAAGACAGUGGCCUUUAUUUUCAAACUCUGACAGGACUACUGUAUGUGGAGCAGACUGCAUGUUAAUGGCGUUACAACUGUCAAUGGCUGAAGUCAAUAAACAGCACCAUGGAGAUUUCACAGUUUCGCUUAGUGAUGUAUUGGAAACUUGGAAAUAUUUAUUACAUGACAAACUGGGAUUAUCAUAUGAAAACAUGAAAGAACCUGAAAAUUACGGUGACCUAAAAAAGGCCUAUGAUGCCUUCUUAGCAAGAAGCAAUAUGUUAGAUCUAAUAGACAUAUGUCAGAAGUGCUCUGGUCUUGGACUUAUAUCGGAAGAUGAAAGCAUAGCCCCGGUUCAGCUGUUAGAAUUUAUUUCUGGCAUGAUGAAUAUACAAGAAAAUAAUGGUUCUGUUCUUUCUACUCCUACAUCAGUCAACCGACAGGGCCAGGAGAAUGUGAAGGUGGCAAUCCUGGCAAGGAAGUGUGUAUGUUCGUAUUUAAGCCUGUUGGUGAAUUCUAAGGAUGAUCUGGCAUUGGCUCAUAUUCUAAAUGUUCCUGACAGAGGACUUGGUAGAGAAGCCUUCACUACCCUAAAACAUGCCUCACAGAAAAUAAAAAUGUCCAUUUUCCUGAUGGCAACAUCUUUUAUCCGAACCGUAGAACUUGGAGGAAGAGGCUGUUCAUCUUCGUUAUUUGAUCCUUUAAAAGCCCAUGUAAAAGGCCUUUCAAACUUUGUUAAUUUUAUUGACAAGCUGCAAGAAAUUGUUGGUGAAAUCUUAAAUCCAAGAAUCUCAGGGGGGCGAAUUCUGUCAACAGUGAAGAUGCAUUUGAUAAAAGGCCGAAGCAAUGGGGAUCCUUUCUGUCAGGCAGUAGAGGAAGUUGUAGAAGAUUUGGAUUUGAAGAUUAAAAAUAUUAUUGGUUCGCAACAUGAAGUCAUGACUGCCAGCACUACUGGAGUCAGUCCAGCACGGCCAAAAUUGCAUUCCAUAAAUCAUGGCACUGCAUAUUGUGGCAGAGAUACCGUAAAGGUCUUAUUAGUUCUUCUGGAUGAAGAAGCUGUCAAUCCUCCUACACAGAACAAAGGAGAACUCUUAUAUGACGAUGAAAACUUAAAUUUGUUUGGAAUCACCUCUGUUUUGACACUCUUCAGAUCUCCAGCACAAUCCAGUGAUUCUUCUCCAAAGCCUCUUAGACAACGUAUUCAGAAAUCUAUGGAUGAAAAAAAAAAGGAGAUGAAGCAAUCUUCAAUCAAAUCUCAGUUUGCAUGCACAUAUAAAAAUGAGUUGAGUGAAAGAAAUGGUCAGCAAUUCCUCAGCAGUAACCAAAUUCCAACCUGCAUGCACCCUGCACUAAAGCGGCGUUUAAAAGCUGGAUAUCUCACAGAAGGUAUGAAUUCAAGCCUCGAUGUACCAGUGCUUGGAACUAUUUCUGAAAAUGUUCAGCAGACUAGAAGUUUUACAGAAAUGAGAAAGCUGAGUUGUCAGCCAAGAAACAAGAAUUCCAAGAAUGAACAGAUGGACUUGAAUAAUGACAAAGUAAUCUGUGGGAAUUUAACUGAAUCUUCUUCAUCUGCAGUUUCUCUUUCCUGUAUUGAGCCAAUAUUUUGAAUUCCAGUGUCAGCUGGAAGAGCCAUGUCUCCCUUCAGUGCAAGAUAAGGUAGUUGCUUUCUACCUAAGUUGAUUGGCAUAACGUGAUUUAAGAAAUCACGUCUUGAACCUGUGUCCUGUUUUAAGGGGAAAUAAGAGUAACAGUUUAAAGUCAGUUAUGGUCACUUUUUAUACUUGACAUUUCAUACUUUAUACUUAGCAGUGCAAGUAUUUUAUCUUUCAAGAUGCUGUUUUAAAAUUAAUGACUGAAAUGGUUUUGUGUUAAAGAACAUGAGAAAAUAAUGAGUCUUCUAUUUGGUGGGCUUAAAAACCUGUUGCUGCAUAUGGGACAUGCUGAGUCAAACACAAAUAUAGGCUUUGGCUUUUCCUCCCAUAAGUUUUGGCUACAUAUUGUUCUAUAAAAAUCAGGUUUCUUUUAUUCGACUGUUCAAGUUACGCAUUUUAAAAUCUUGGAAUUAGAUAAUUGCAACUGAAAAUUUGUUCUUGACUAUGGUGUGCUAAACUGAUAUUUGGUAUAUUCAGCAGGUUAUUGUUUUAAGUUAAUGUACGUGUUUUCUAAGGGGUUAUAAAGAGAAUGUCCAUUUUACAGUCAAGCCAAAAUGUAAAACUGAAAACUCACCAAAAACUUAAUGUUUCUGUCAUCCUCUUCAUCCAAAGCACUGCUGUCUUCAGUCAUAUAAUGCUUCAGCAAAGGUAUAGCAACUCUGUUCGCAGCUCUAUCUCUAUUUUGAAGAGAUUUUCCUAGAUUUAAUGUGGUUAGCAACACACCUUCAUCUUCUAUCUUUUGCAGAGAUUUUGAAACUGAGAGUAGAAAACCUUGAGAAAAAAGAGAAAGAGAGAGAAUUAACAUGUAUGAUGAGAUACACAUUCUUAGUUACUUAAUGCUUGCAUAGAAGUUAAACAGUUUUAAAAUGUUAAGAAAGCUUUUCCCGUUGUAAAUGAGUAUGUUCUCCUUCUGUGUCCACUUUAUAUAUUUUACAGAUUGAAUGGAAACCACUUCAAUGGCUGAGUUCACUCUUUUAAAAUGACUCAUAUUAAGGAGUAAUCUUUUCUAUAAUCCUUCUAAUCCCAUCUGUUGUUUAGAACUACUUAAACAUUUCUUUAGCAUGGAUAAUUUGUUUCUUUGUAUGCUUUUAGAAGAGCACAGAUUAGUUCCUUUUGAUGGAUCAGUGUAACAAAAGUUCCCAGAAGAAGUUAUGUCCAUUAGUGUUGUUUAUAAAGCCUUACCUACCGUUAAGGCAAUUUAAAGAAAAGGAACUAAUCUAUCUAAGCAAGUAGGAUUGCUGUAAAGGCGUGAUCUAUCACUGUUUUUGAUCAAAACUGAUUCAUGAAAGAGUUGAAAAGCAUAAAAUUUAACAAUAGCUUAGACUAGUACUGUUUUACAGCUGAAAUUAUUAAUUUGUAUUUUGAUGUCCAUUGUAGCAGGUUACAUUAUUCAGAACUUAUAUCUAGAAAUCUUUAUUAUUAUAUUACCCAAGUAAUUAUAUUUGUCUGCAUUUUCUUUGUGAAAAUGGACCUUUCCCAGCUACAAGUAUAAUAUAGUCGGAUAUGUGUGCUAAGAAUGUAGAAAGAAAAUUUAAAGUCAGUCAUUUAUUUUGAAGUCUUUGAAGUCUAGCUAUUACUCUGUGAAAGGAAAUGUGGGAAUUUCUGCAUAACAUUUUUUUUAACCUUACCUGGAAUGCAAAUGGGGCCAGCUCAAAUUCAGCUAAUCUCUUAAUGUUAGUGAUUCAAGCCAUUCAUUCAGCGGCUGUGUACCUCUUAGAUAGUUCCCAUCUCUUAAUUUUAUGUUUGUUUUAAUGUUUAGGCUUGCGCAGGGAGGCAAAUAUCCUCCUAGUCAAGACAAACCACUAGGGAGUUGACAAAGAACCUGACUAAGCAGAAAGAGAACUGCUUCCCCCUUGUCUUCCUCCCUCACUCUCCGUUUUGCUUUUCCUGCUUUUUCUCUGUAGUGUUAUAGAGUAAGAACAAAGUGUAGAUUUUUAGUAGCAAAAGUGAUUUUUGUACAGUGGUGGGUUUUUUUGUGUGUUUUUUUUUUUUUUUUGGUUUGUUUGUUUUUUUGUUUUGUUUUGUUUUUGUUGUUGUUGAUUUUUUUUUUUGGUCUUUUACUGAUGUGUUCUGAAGGAGAAAGUUUCCUAUUUAAUAGUCUAGACAAGUCUACAAUACAUCAAUUGUAGUCACGGGUGGCAAGUAUACGUUUUGUCUUUAAACCUGUUACUAUAAGUCAAAGGAAGGAAUAUGAGUGCUGCUGGGAGAUGUCACAUAGUCUUAGGGAGGUAUGGGAAGACUAGUAACAAUUCCUGCUGAAACAGGCAGCAAUACAACACUAAUCCAUGGACUGAGGAUGUUAUGUAGAAGAGCUGACCAGCAGUGUUGGAACUGUGGGUUUUUUAAUCACUGCUCACUGCUAAACUUCAUGGAAAAGUAAACCACCUUGCCAAAGUAACUUCUUAAUAAGACGUUUCAUGGGAAAGUAUCUCUUGCAGGACUAAGCAUAGCUCGAUUAAAAGACAUUUUGGAUAUACCAACUUUUCCCCAAAUGAGGAAAGUGCAUUUAAUGCUUUCCUCGUAGACCAUCUCUGACAAAUUGAGUUAUCGCUUCUCAUUCUUUACAUUUUCUUGCUUUGGAGAUUGCACUUGCCUCUGGGCAAUCAAAGUGGUUUCUUUACUUUGAUUUCGGUUGCCUGGCUACAGAGAAGACAAAUUUGAAAGUCAAUUGUAUAUGGUUUUGCACUUCUCAUCCAACCUCUAUUUACUAAUUUGUAUUCUUCCCUCGCAUUCAGUAUUUGAACAGUUUUGUUCAAUUAAUAAAGCAAAGGUCAUGUAUGAUCCGUAAUGGUACUCUUCAUUUAGCUCAGCCUAGGCAGAACAGGAGGAGUGUUUUGGAGUUUUCUCUUUAUAUGUUGGUACAUGCAUUAAGAGUUGGGGAACAACGUAUCCACCAAAUAAUUGUGUAUGUGGCAGGAGUUUCUGUUUAUCUGGAGCUAUAGUACCCACAGGUGUGCAGCCUGUAUCACACAUGGCUUGCUUUCAAAUGCCAUCUUUCAUUUAUACAAGGCACAGUUAAAAUAAGAACUGACCAGGAUCAACUGGAAAUUCCAUCCACAGUGUCUCUUUAGUUUUCUACUCUGUCUAUAAGCUGUUGUCUACAGAAGAAAGUAAGUUCAGGGCAAACUUAUGGUACUCUCCCAGUAUCCUCUAGUGUUUCUCGAACUGGCUGUUAAUUUUUAAGGAUUGUUAAAGAUCUGAGGUCAUUCUAGUGAUAAUUAGUAGGACCUCCUAAUUACACUGUUAAGAAAUCAAUAGCAUAUGUCUACAAAUUUAGUGAAUUUUCUGCCUGUUCAGAGCAGUAUGCAACAGUUGUAGACCUGCAGAUUUGCAAUGCACUGUGUAAAUCUCUUCAUAAUGCCUUUGAGAAUCCUGCCACUCUGAUGUUUACAUUUUUUCCUUUUCAUCUUGAAACUUUAAAUUUUAGUAAAAAUGUAAAAUGUUUUCAUAUACUAGCUUCUACAUUUUAUAGUUUAUCAAAUUGGCUUUUUAUUUUUAUAGUAAUUAAUAACCUACUGCUUCUAACAGAGCAAUAAAAACUAUCUUGAGAAACUUUUUGCUUCUAUGUUGCGUCUUGUUACAAUGAAAUAUGAACUCCUAACAUCUGAAAUCUGAUGUGGUAUAUAUGAGUAAACAAAAUCUAGGUGAUAAAGUGCCUGGAAUUUCUCUCACAGUUAUUUUGAAUUCUAGGCAUGAGUUUAUGAAACAACUGUAAUAACUUUAUUUGGUGGUGUAACUACUGUAAUUGUCACAUACAAGUGUUUGAGCCUAAUGCCUAGUGUUGACUGAACAGUAAAUAAACCAGCUCUAUGUUACAUAAAA